CUACUGAAGAAAUGAAAAUUAUAACUCACUUAGCCCAUUAACCACGAGAUCUUUGCAUUGCAGCUUUUUUUGUGCUAUUUCUCAUUUCUGUAUGGCUCAAUAGCUAGUCAUUGCCAAUGCACCGUAUAUACACACAUAUAUGUGUGUAUGUGUGUGUGUGUGUGUGUGUGUGUGUGUAAAACUGGUGCAAAUGCCUAUGAUCGAAGAAUUUGGUAGCAGUUUCUGUGAAGCUUUUUUUCCCCCUUACAUCUGAGUUAAAGUAUUACACUUGGAGUCAUUUUAUUGAUUCUAAAGAGUUUUUGUAUGCUGAAACUUCAAAUAUAGGGCUUUUUAAAAAGCUUGUAAAUUGGUGGUGUUUUAGAACCAAAUUUGGUGAUUGUAAGUAGUAACUUUUGAUCAAAUAACCUUUUAGAAUAAUACCCACAAUUUGCAGUUUUGUUUUUAUUUAGAGGAUAGGCUCAAGGUUCUGUAGCUUCUGUUUAAUUAUUUCAGUGAUGCUGAAAGUUUUGUUUUGUGUUAGUGACAUGAGGAAUGACCAGCAAGAUGGCUUAGCAUACAAAGGCACUUGCUAUACAAGUCUGAUGGCUUGAGUUUGAGCCCUGGAACCCACACAAUAGAGAGCCAAUUCUACUAUGUUGUGCUCUGACCUUCACCUGAAUACCCCUGGUGUGCAUGCCCCCAUACAAAAUAAUAAUAAUAAUAAUAAUAAUGCAUUUGUAACUGAGAUGACUUAGCAGUAAGGAUGCUUCUUGACAACCUGAGUUUGAACCCCUGGAUCUACAUGCUGGAAUUAAAGAACCAUGACAUUUCUGCAAGCUCUCAGUCAUCUCCACAUGUGUGCUGUGGCAUGCUUUUACCCAAACACACAUAACCACAUAUUAAAAUUUUCCUGUAGUUUAUUUAGUGUUUGCAUAUGUGUGUACAUGAGUGGUACAUGGCACCAGGGCUGUUGGCAUAGCAUGGGUGGGGUGGGGGUGAAAUACAGUCUGCCUGAAACUAACUCGGCUGUGUCCUUGCUGCUCACGGUCACACAGUCUGUCUUGGCCAGAACCGGCUUGCACAUUCUCAUGCAUUUUUCCCUUGAGGCUCAUUUGCUGUAUCUCCAUUUUCUUACCAUGGAGAAUCUGCAUCCAGGUAUAUCUGAGUCUAGCUGAGAUGAGAUCAGGUUAUAGGUUCUUUGUCAUGAGCUCCCAGGCCCCAUAUAAACUGGGGUAUGGCUAAGUUCCACACAUUUUAUGACAGCCAGCAGGCCAGUAUCUCCUGAAUGUCAGAGGAUCUCCAAAGAAAACAGAGUUCUAGUCCAGGUAGGAUGGAUGCCCAUUAGGCUAGAGAGAUAGGUUAGGCUUGCAGCCAGGUAGGAUGCCCUGUUAUUCCCACUUACAAGUAAUAUUUGAGUAAUAGUGUCUAUUACAACCCAAUUUUCACUUACCUCCUCUAACUCUGAGCCACACAUCAGUAUCUCAUUUCCAUCUCUCCAAUGAGGAAACAUCAUUAGAAAUAUGAUCAUGCUGGGCAUUGGUGGCACAUGCCUUUAAUCCCAGCACUCCGGAGGCAGAGUCAGGCAGAUCUGUAAGUUUUGAGGCCAGCUUGGUCUACAAAAGAGUUCCAGGACAGCCAGAGCUACACAGAGAAACCCUAUCUCCAGAAACCGAAAAGGAAAGAGAGAGGGAGAAAGAAGGAAGGAUCACAAGAUGGGGUGGAAUUCAGUAGUGGAUUGUUCACCUGGUGUAGAUGAGGUCCUAGGCUCAUCUCCAGAACCAUGAGGAAAGUAGGGUGGGGCUUGCCUAGCAUGUGCAAGGCCCUAGGUCUGAUCAAGUACAUAUACACAGAAAAGAAACGUGAUUACAUAGAAAGGGAUGAGCAUUUCUUUUACUCAUGUAUCACUCAUACAAAGCUACCUUCUUACUUGGGUUAAAAAAAAAAAUGACCUGUCUUACUCUUCAGUAGAGUUUCUGUCAGCUUCAUAAUGGAAGUCUUUAAUGUUAGAUAGGGGUGAAGUUAACAGUGGUGAGUAUCUUCAUUUCAAAUUAGGCCUUAGGGGCCUGCCUGGAGAGAUGGCUCAGCGGUGAAGAGUCUUUCUAGAGGUCCUGAGUUCAGUUCCCAGCAGCCACACGGUGACUCACAACCAUCUGUAAUGAGAUCUGUUGCCCUCUUCUGGUAUGCAGGCAAAACACUGUAUACAGUGUGUGUGUGUGUGUGUACACAUAUUUAUCUAUGGACAGACACAUCUGUACACCCAAAGCAUACAUACUUGUGUUGAUUUUCUCAGAGCCACAAUGGAUACUGCCAGCCACAGCCUUGUUCUUCUGCAGCAGCUGAACAUGCAGCGAGAGUUUGGAUUUCUGUGCGACUGCACGGUUGCUAUUGGAGAUGUUUACUUCAAAGCCCACCGAGCAGUGCUUGCUGCUUUUUCCAACUAUUUCAAGAUGAUAUUUAUUCACCAAACAAGUGAAUGCAUAAAAAUACAACCAACUGACAUCCAGCCCGAUAUAUUCAGCUACUUGUUACAUAUUAUGUACACAGGAAAAGGGCCAAAACAGAUUGUGGAUCAUAGUCGUUUGGAGGAAGGGAUCCGAUUUCUCCAUGCUGACUACCUUUCCCACAUUGCAACUGAAAUGAAUCAAGUGUUCUCUCCAGAGACUGUGCAGACCUCAAAUCUGUACGGUAUUCAGAUUUCCACAACCCAGAAGCCAGCUGUCAAACAAGGGCUGGAGAUCAAAGAGACUCCUCCCAGCGGCAGUGGAAACAGAGCUGCUGUCCAGAGUGACCACCCCCAGCUGCAGCUCUCUCUGGCGAUUGGCCUAGAUGACGGAAGUGCAGAGCAGCAGAGGGCCCAUCCUGCUGCCCAGGCCUUGGAGGAGCACCAGAAGCCCCCAGUGUCCAUCAAACAGGAGAGAUGUGAUCCGGAGUCCGGGAUCUCCCAGGGCCACUCCUCGUCCUCCUCAGAAGUGACUGGCCCCUCUUUUACAGAAAACAGUAUCAGAGUCCACUUGUGCCAUUACUGUGGGGAACGUUUCGAAUCUCGCAGUAGCCUGAGACAGCACCUCCACACGCAUGUAUCUGGGUCUCUCCCAUUUGGUGUCCCUGCUUCCAUUCUGGAAAGUAAUGACCUUGGUGAAGUGCAUCCACUUGGUGACAGCAGUGAGGCUCUUGAAUGCCGGAGGCUUAGCUCCUUCGUCGUCAAGGAGAAUGAGCAGCAGCAGCAGCAGCCGCCGCCGCCGCCUGAGCACUCGAGCCGGGGUACUGCCGAGCCUUUACAGAUCAGUCAAGUGUCUUUGAUCUCCAAAGACACCGAGCCAGUAGAAUUAAACUGUAAUUUUUCUUUUUCAAGAAAAAGAAAAAUCAGUUGUACCAUCUGUGGUCAUAAAUUUCUUCGAAAAAGCCAGUUACUGGAACACAUGUAUACACAUAAAGGUAAAUCUUACAGAUACAACAGAUGCCAAAGGUUUGGAAAUUCAUUGGCCCAGAGGUUUCAGCAGUAUUGUGACAGCUGGCCCGAUGUCCCCCUGAAAAGUUCUCGGCUGUCACAAGAACAUUUAGACUUGCCUUGUGCCUUAGAGUCAGAGCUCACACAAGGGAGUGUGGACACCAUCCUUGUGGAGUAGCGGCUUCUCCUUUAGAAUUUUAUACCGCUUUUCAUUCAUAAAUUAUUUACCUUCUCAUGGUCUGUUGACUUAAAAUAAUCUGUCCCUGGUUUUGAGGUUGUACAUACCAGUUCUUAUAAGAUAUGGAUAUUAAACAUAACUUUCAAAUUAUCCCAUAAGCUUUUUUAUAAAUUAUAAUUUGAAAACCAGAAGUUGAUGUAGAAACUUUAGAGUGACUGAUUAUUUAUAAAAUCUCUUGUUUUUCCAGGUUGCAGAAUCAGUAAAAUGAACUUGACUAUGAAGCAGAUGAGAUCUGUGUUAAAGAGUAUUUUAGAGACUGGGAAUGAAGCUCCUCUACAGAGGGCUUGCUAGCAUGGGUGAGGCCCUAGGUUCAGUCUCCAGAGCGCACACGCACACACGCACACGCACACUUCUAAGCUGUUAACUCUUGUCUCUCGUUUCAUAGGAAUUAUGUCCUUAAGAAAAUGAUUUUUAGCUGGGCGGUGAUAGCGAACGCCUUUAAUCCCAGCACUCGGCAAGCAGAGGCAGGUGAACUCUCUGAGUUCAAGGCCAGCCUGGUCUACAGAGCGAGUUCCAGGAAAGGCUCUAAAGCUACACAAAGAAACCCUGUCUCGAAAAAAACCAAAAAGAAAAAGAAAAUGAUUUCUAAGUAUUUUCUGCCAUAUAGGAAAUCAGUAGCUAUUUUAAUGUAUAACUAUAUAUUAUAAUGUAUAAAAGUUUGUUUUAAGACAUGGCUAUACCAAAUCACAAGUAGUUUUAACUGUCUGCUUCCUAGCAUCCCAACCUCUUACAUGGCCUUUUAUUUACUUAACAUCAAGUAUACCUCAUUUUUAAUAAAAAUAUGUCAGCUAAAAUAAAGGGCUGGAGAAGUCAGUGGUAAAGAAGUCGUGAACAGAGAAACUGGUCAGUACACAUAACUAAGCACAGAGGCAGGUCCGUGCACUAACCCUGGGCCGGGUAACCACAUCCACAGUGUGUCCUUAGACACCAGGAGGACAGUUUCAGACUUUGUAACGAGAGGUUUACCUAAGUUUAAAGAGGAAGAUAGCAGGUACAAAUCCUCUACCUUAAUGUAGCAGAAUCUUCUAGGCUGUCUGGGCUGACGGGAGUUUUCUGACAGUCACUCUUACAGGUAAUUUUGCAGUGGCGUGGCCUUCACUUUUUUGUUAGUAGAACCAGUGAAGUAGAUCCAUUCAGAUUCCAGACCUAUUUAGAGCCACACCGGCAGCCCUCCUUCUGUGAAUAUACUUACCAUCCCUCCUACAGCGGUGCCAUUUAGAAACCUAAAACCCCAGGAAAAUUGAAGUUGAUGGACUAAGUGAUGGAUUUUCUGUACCUAGAAAAUAGCCCAUCGCGUUUCAUUGUUUCUCACGUGUUUAAACCUGAAGCUCGUACUCAAGGACAAGAAGGCAAGAAAGACUGCGGAACAGCCCCCCCCCCUCCUUCCCCCAUCCUAUUGGAGUCUACGCUUCAACAGGCAUUUGAGGGGCGUUUGAGAUGGUCCUGACCCCCCCCCUCACCCCCCAGCUUGGAAACAAGAGUCUGGCAGUGUCCCCACUUCCCCAGGUCGGCCCUAAGCUCUGUAUCAGCUUCCUGAGUGGCCAGGACUGUGGGCGUCCUACAGAUACUUGAAUAUAUCUAAUAAAUGUUGUUGUCGUCACGCUUAGACGUUAGCCACAUGCGGUGUCUGAGCUCCCCCUCCCGCCAUAGGACACCCCCGAAGUCAGUUCUUAGAGGUCCCACCACCUCUGUCUGGGAGGAGCCCAGAGCAAUCCAGCUAAUUCUGAAACAAGUUUUUCCCUGGGUAAACAGUGAGUUCAGGUGAAUAACAAAGGAGUAGUUUCAGGGCCCUCUAGUCCCAGAACUCGUGUGAGUUCUCGGCCAGUUAGAGCUACAUAGUGGGGCCCUGUCUCAAACGGACAAAACCACACCAAAGCAGCAGCUCCGUUGAUCUUAGUUUUGUGAGACAUCCUUGCUCUACGGCCCAUGCUGUCCUUGAACUCACCACCCUCCUCUCCUGCCUCCUUAGUGCCGGGAUUCUGGGCUGUACCACAGCUAGGCUUCCGAGUGGUGACUUUUGAGGGCCAGGUGAAGAGCCCCAGUGGGCAUUGCCUUAAGGAAGUUGAAUUUGUCACUUUGAGAAUUAGCGUCCAGGGUCAAGACCUAUGUGUCGAGAGCAAAAUUGAGCUAAUGGUAGGGCCUAUUAUAUUGGGGGUUGGUUAAACUAUGCUGUUAUGGGGGGGUACAAUUAUAUGUAAUAUUAAACUAUUAAUUUAUCAAAGCAAUAUUCAGCCAUACUACCUUCAAUGAUUUAACCUUAUAGAAACUUGAAUACUGAUUUCAUGUAUUUUUAAGCUAUUUAGGAUAUAUUCCCUACUUUUAAUUUUUUUUUUUUUUUUUUUUUUUUAGAUAGAGUCACAUUUAGCCCAGGCUGGCCCCAAACACUAUAUAGCUGAAGAUGGCCUUAAACCCACUAUCUGCCUGCUCUACCUCCGGGCACUGGCACUACAGGUGUGCUCCCCAUGCCCAGCUCUCCCUAGCCUUCACAGAUAUAGAAGAACCUAACAGUUCUCAUUUAAAACUUUUCAACUUCUCUAUUAAUCUUCCCUGCAUACCAAGUCAUUAGUCUUACACAUAAGAAGCCCUUCUAGAGCUAAAGGGUGGAACAGAGAUUUACUUCGAGGGUAGGUGAGUGGGUAUAGCAGCUCACGACAAUCUGGAGAGGUGCCAGAAGAGCAUGCCUACAGCUCAUGGCCAUGUUAGACACUGUCUGUUUAAAGUGGAACUAUAUGUGUAAAGUUCUCAAAGAGUUAGUAAACAUUUAUCGGUAAAUAAAAUGGAGCCAUGCCUAGAGUCUGGGGAGAUCGCUCAGUGAGGAACGUGAUUGCUGCUCACAAAUUUGAACGUGAAGCGAGAGCUAGGUGUGGAGUCUGCCGUCCCCGUGCUGGCGGGGUGGGCAGAGGUGGGAAGGUGGGUAGCAGGUGCUCUCAGGCCAGCCCUGCAGAAAGAAGCUCCAGGUUCAGUGAGACUCUUGUCUCAAAAAACUGAGGUAGAGGAGCGAUUGGGGGAAGACGUUGUGUUACCAGUCUCUGGCCUCAACACAUGUCCACAUGAGUACACACACCCAUACACAUGCACGCACCCCCCCCCAUACAGAAUAAAUAAGAGGAACUCUAUCUCUAUAAGCUUUAAGAAUUUAUUAGUUCACCUGACUCCUAUCGUUCUCAAAGUUCUUCAGUGCUAAGCACUUCACUUGAUUCCUCCCCUUAUCUAUAAAGUUUCUUUUGAUAUUAAACCAAAAAGACAAAAUGCUGGGUCUUGCCCAUCUGUAACCCCAACUGUCAGUAGACAGGCAGGACUGUAACUUCGGGACUAGCCUGCAGCUACAUGGCAAGACCCUGACUCAAGAGAAGAAAAAAAAAUUAAUUGUUCUCAGUCCACAAUAACAUUGUUUUAGGAAGUGGAGAAAUGUUAGUUUCAUUUUAUGGAAAAAGUUCCCCAAAGCUAGUUUUCGGAGAGGCAUGUAGUAAGUGGUAUGGGACCUGCUGUUACUUCGUUUCAACUUUUAAAAGAAGAUUUGUCUAUCUUCAUGUUCCGUGUUUGGGUGUUUUGCCUGUGUGUGUAUGUGCACAUCCUGCAUGCAGUGUCCACGGAGACCAGGAAAGGACAUCAGAUCCUCUGGAACUCGGGGGUGUGGGAACUGAACCCAGGUCCUCUGCUAGAGCAGCCAGUGCCCUUCAGCACUGAGCUGUCUCUGCAGCCUGGUCUGGUGUUUUGAGGUGAGGUCUCACUGUGUGGCCCGUGCCGGCCUGGAACCUGAAACAAUCCCCUGUGGACCUCCAGAGAGCUGGGAUGGCAGAUGUGCAGAUCGUACCUGCAGCCUGGAUGGUUUUGGUUUUGGUUUUGAUGUUUAAGGACGUGCUUCUUCAUUGGAAGAAAAAAAAAGUCUUCAUAUUUUAAAAGUUUUCCCAGAAAAACAACAACAACAACAACUUUACUUUUUGCCACAUCUGCAAAAUGGAGCGUCGUCUCUGCCUUAAGCAGUGUGGUUUGUGUGAUGGUUGCCAAGCUGAACCAGGAGUUGCCGGAUGUACUUUGUUGCCAAAUGUCGCCCUCUUGUGUUGAGGUAAGUCGUCUCUGCUGGGUAACAUUUUGAAGGCAUGGCUGGGGGAAAAAAGCCCCAGUUCUGAGCAGAAUCCCUGUAUUGGGCAGGUACUAAAUAGCUCUUCCCCGUUUGGGUCGGCUUUAAAUCGCCCCUUCUUUCCAGAUCCUGCAUAGUGCUGUUUCCUGAAGAAAAGAAGAGCCUGUCUCAGUAUUUAUUCUUAGUAGGAGAGCCCAGUAAAUGCAGUCUGCCUUAAAACUGAUGUUAUUUUUUAAUUUGUAACCUUGAGCCGGUUACUUACCUCUCUGAGACACACACACACACACACACACACACACACACACACACACACACACACACCGGGUAAAGUGGCCGUCAACAACGCCUACCUCACAGGGGUGCUGUGAGGCUUCGUACUAAAAUUGUGUUAGUGUACUGAUGAAAGCCAACCGAGGAGGAAGUUCAGAAGCCCAUCCUGUAGAUUAGAACGUGUGAUGUAAUUGUGCACUACUUAAUAGUCAGGUAACUGAGGAAACUCAUUUUUACAGAAAUACUCUGGAAAUAGCUUUUUACUCUACUAUUUCUACCCAGUAGUACAAGGAAAACAGGACUUAGCAUUAUUGGGAAUAAAGUACACCGAUUUCAGCAUUAAUGAAUCUUCCCCAAAUACAUUAUGUUCAUAUUAGAAAAGGAACAAAGAAAAUGGGGGGGGGGAGUCCCAUCGUCCCUUGGAUGAAGAUGGUCUAAGUAGUAAAUGGAGGAAAGAGAUGGAGUGAGGACAGUCCACAGGACCUCUUCAGUGUUCUUCUGAGGGAAGCUGGAGAAGCGGUCACAGAACCCAGUCGUGAAGAGAACAGUGUGGAGAGCAGACAGUUCUGAAGCCUGUGUGUACAGGCAGACUCGAUACUGAAAGUUGGAUUCCUGACGAAUACUUGAUGGGUAUUUUUGUGGUAACUGUGCUAAAAGUCGGUCAUGUGGAGAACUCUCAUGUAACUUGUGUGUUUUUGUGUACUUAAACUAAAUAUGUCUGUGGCGUUUCAUUAUAAUAAGUUGUUAAAUUCCUAGGAGCGAAUCCUGUAAAUGCUGUGCUGAACCACA